GUUUCCCUGGGCAGGCGGCUGGAGCGGGCCGGUACCGUCAGGCAGCUAACCAUGAUCCUAUGUCCCCCGAGCACGGAGCGCCCCCGCGGAAACCAGUGCCAGCGGCUGCAGGGCCAGCUGAGAGUGUGCUGCCUGGAUUCCUGUGUAGGACCCAAUCCUCCCACCUCCAGGAGCCCUGACGCUCAGCACAAGCUGGAAACGUGCCUCUGACCAACAGGUAGUGAAGAUGACCAGUAGCGACCAAGAGCGACCACAGUUCCUGUUUGUGAAAGCGCUGGCCAGCCGGGGGCGCCUGGAGGCAGUGACGCAACAGAUGGGCUACCACCCGCAGUACCUGGACAGCUUCCUCAAGAUGCAGCACUACCUGCUUCACAUGGACGGCCCACUGCCAUUUGCCUGCAGACACUACAUCGCCAUCAUGGCAGCUGCUCGGCACCAGUGCUGGUAUCUGGUGAAUCUGCACAUGCUGCAGUUCCUGCGAGUGGGGGGAGAUCCCCAGUGGCUGCGGGGCCUGGACUUCAUCCCCCCCAAACUCCGCAAUCUUAAUGAGAUCAACAAGAUCCUGGCUCAUCGGCCUUGGCUCAUCAGCAAGGAACACAUUGAGAAGCUGCUGAAGAUCAGUGAGCAGAGCUGGUCUCUGGCAGAGCUGGUCCACGCUGUUGUCCUCGUGGCGCAUUACCAUGCUCUCGCCAGCUUUGUCUUUGGUUGUGGCUGUGAGCAGGAGUGGCUGGAUGGCAGGAGCAUACUGAAGUCAACGUUGCCAGGAAACCAGUGUUUCUGUGAGUCCGCCAGUGGGAACAGCUGUAAUCUGGAAUUGCUGCGCAUCAACCGCAAACGGUCUCUGGAUUCCUGUGUGGAGCUGGAAUCGCUCCGGGAACGUAUCCAGAGGAUCCACCUGGAGACUGAGGGCCGAGAGGAAACGAGGCCACCACCACAAGACAGAGAGGAAGAUUUUGAUGGGGAAAUCGUCAGAGCCACAGAUCUCUCCUGCUAUGUGCAAGACCCUGACUUUGGAUACCAGGACUUUGCCAGGCGAGAUGAAGAUCAGACCCAGAUAUUUAGAGUCCAGGAUUACUCCUGGGAAGACCAUGGAUUCUCGCUGGUAAACAGACUCUACUCUGACGUUGGCCACCUCCUGGAUGAGAAGUUCCGUACAGUUGACGGUCUCCAGAGCAAUGCCAUGGCCAAGCGGCAAGGCUGUGAAUCUUCUGUCUUCAAACGGGGCAUCUGGAACUAUAUCCACUGCAUGUUCGGAAUCAGGUACGACGACUACGAUUACGCAGAAGUGAAUCACUUUCUGGAGCGUAUGCUCAAAGUUUACAUUAAAACUGUGACUUGUUACCCAGAGAAGACGAACCCAGAAAUGUUCAGCCGGUUCUGGAAGCAGUUCAAGCACAGUGAAAAGGUCCAUGUGAACCUUCUCAUCCUGGAAGCCAGAAUGCAAGCUGAGCUCCUGUAUGCACUGCAAGCAAUUACCCAGUACAUGAUCUCCUAGAGAGCAGGGAUGGCUGGGUUAUGGCAGGGACGGCGCAGGCAUCCCUGCCUCUCCAUGGACUCCAUACUUGAACCAUCGGGCUGGACCUGGCUGCGAUGGGUUUCUCUAACGUACUUGACUGUUCUGUUUCUAUGGGGCACGAUGAGUGACCUUGUUAUGUGCAAUUACCAAGCUGUGAGGCAACUCCGUGCUGCUGUGAUGUAGGUGUGAAGCUGGAGAUGCAAACGUGUCCAUGGCAGACUCCCAAAGACUCGGGGCAGGGAGGGAAGGACGGGCAGGGAGAGGGCAUGUCUCUCUUCAAAGAGAUGGGCUCUAACCAUCCACAGUGGAAGCCCUUCACCCAGGCGGCACAGGGAGCCUGUCCAUGGACGCAGCCCAGUGCCGGCUCCCGUGUGCGUUCCAGCCCUGGGGCAGAGCUGCAAGCUUGCUCCCUUUCCAGCACUGCAGCAGCAUCACACUGGGCAGGGCUGGCUGUUCGGACGCAGCGGCUGUGGGGUGAUGACGCUCGCUCUGGAGCAUCACAAUCGGUGGGGGGGCUUUGGGUGUGUUCUGAAACGCCUUUAGUCAGAGGAGCACUGGUUAUGACCCAGGUUCUCAGAGAUGAGCAGAUCCUCCCCCAUCCCCAGCACAGUACUGGAGGGAAACCAGCCUCCUGCACACGCUCCUGGCAGCACCAUGCGGAGUACAUGUCAAGCUGUGGCACUCCUGAGGAGGUGCAGUGAUCAACCUGCUGUAUUCUCCCAGUCCCAGGGACAGGCUCUUGUCCUCCCGCUCCUGGGGGUGGCUGCUUGGAAUGUUUCCCUUCUGUAGAGCUGGGCUCUGGGACCUGCAUCCCCCCCUCUGGGUCUCCUGUUGAGCCCCCCUUUCUACAGAAAGCACAGGGGGGUCAUUGUACCCAAACAUGAGCUGGGUCACUAGCUGCUCAGUAUUGCCAGGUGGGCUAUGGCCUGUUUGCUCUGACAGGCCAGGUCAACUGAAACUGCCUCCAAUCCCCUCCUGUUAUGGGGAUGGCAGCCCUAGGACUGGAGCAGCUCCUGACCGACCAGCCUCCACGCACAGGGCCUACACCUCCUUCUCUGCCAUGGGCGGGAGCCACAUGCUGCAGUGCUCUUCGUGACCCCGGGAGGGACUGAGGAGUAACAACCUGCCCUAGCCGUUACCGCUCUGGCUGGAGGAGAUCUCGCCGUGCUGGGUCCCCAGCCGUGGCUCAGUGGCUGGCUCAGCUUCAGAGGGAGAUUCAGGUAAGGGCUGUGUACAGAGGCUCCUUCUCCAAAGAGCUUUUUGGGGCAUGAGGACACUGCUGGGACCUUCCUAGGAACUGGAGUCUGGAGGGGAAGGGGCUGGGAGCCGAGUGUGAGGCACGCUGCUUUGGUCAGCCUGGUUAAGCUACAGAAAGCCUAUUUUUGCUAUAAAUAUAAUUAUGUUUGACACAA